AUGCUGACUGUAAUUCGUAAAGCGACACUCAGUUGUUUCUUGGAACUUUUAACGAGUAGUUCGUCGUUACGCGCGCACACCGUUGUCGCCAGAAUGACGUCCACCAGAUGCCAGGAUUACGACCAGAAGGUCGUCCCUAAGGACGAGAUCAUCAGGUUCAUCGAGGAGUGCAUGUGUAAGGCCGGUACCACGAAGGAAGACGGACACGCCGUCGGUCAUCAUUUAAUGACGGCGGAUUACAGAGGUCAUUUCAGCCACGGGAUGAACCGGUUGCAGAUGUAUGUGACGGACAUCGAAAACAGAAUCACUGAUCCCGCUGCCCGACCGCAGAUUGUCACUGAUUUUCAGGCGAUAGCUCUCGUUGAUGGAAAAAACGCGUUAGGUCAAGUGAUCGGCAAGUAUUGCAUGGAGCUCGCCAUAGAAAAGGCCAAAAAAUUUGGUAUCGGCAUGGUAGCGGCACGUGGCUCUAAUCACUACGGUAUCUGUGGUUACUAUACCAUGAUGGCGAUGGAACAAGGCCUGAUCGGUUUCACCUGCACCAACACGAGUCCGCUGAUGGCACCGACGCGCAGCAUGAAAGCCGCUCUAGGAACGAAUCCCUUGUCCUUAGGCAUGGCCGCUUGCGACGGCGACGAAUUUGUUCUCGAUAUGGCGACCACCGCCGUAGCCUUGGGUAAGAUCGAGUUGGCAAUUCGGAAGAACGAGGACAUCCCCGAGGGCUGGGCACUCGGAUCUGACGGAAAAAUGACCCGUGAUGCCGAAGAGGCUUACAAAGCUUCUUUAUUGAUGCCUCUCGGUGGUGAGGAACACAACUCUGGGUAUAAGGGCUAUGGUCUGGGUCUAAUGGUUGAGAUACUCUGUGGUAUCCUGACCGGAAGUCAUUUUGGACCGAACAUCCGCGCUUGGAAGUCUGGCGACAGGGUCGCCGAUCUCGGACAGUGCUUCAUGGCAAUUAAUCCGGAGGCCUUUGCGCGCGGAUCGAAAGAGAGAUUGACGACCUUGCUCAAACAGCUGAGAGACCUACCCACCUCCGGCGAGAAGGCGGUUCUGAUCGCCGGUGAUCCCGAAAGACAACACAUGAGCAAGGUCGACAAGGAGGGCGGAAUCUCGUAUCAUCCAAAUCAGUUAAAGGCUUCGGAGGAAUUAGCUAAACACAUGGGCGUACCAGCGAUGAAACUCGUUGCUAAAUCCAUUUGAUUUUUUAUAAUAAUUAUCA